AUGUCCAAUCCCUAUCAUCAUAGACCUCUCCUUUGUUGCUGUUUACCAAGACUGGGUAUCAUCACCAUGUGUAUUUUAUUCGGUAUUUGGGCAUUGAUUGGAUUAUUGGAAGAAGUUCUGGGAUUUUUCAUUAACGAAGAACAGUCAUCUUCAUUGGUUUCCCUUUCCAGCCUAGUCAUUGUAAUCAAUACUACUUGUAGCCUGGUUUACUUUUACGCAAGUUACAAGGCAUACCAUAAGGAUUGGACUCACUUUCAAACAUGUAUCUACUUUUUCAUUCUUAAUACUAUCACUGAUAUCUACUCCUGUAUCAUUCUCAUUCAUAAAUUUAUUAAAGUUUUUCAAAGCUCAUCACCACCAUUUGAGCCACAAUCUACAAUGGAAACAAGUGAAGAUGACGAUCAUCAGCCAGAGCUUUCCAAAUUUGCCUUAUUCAUUUUCUUUACAUGUUUUGUAAUCGUGUUCAGCGUACUUCCCAUCAUCCUUCAGAUUUUUUUCGUCAACGAUGCAAGAUCAUACUCCAAAUAUGUCAUGCAUAAAAAAGAAGCCAAACCAUGCAUAUAGCUAGCCAUAGUACACACAUCAUCAUCAUCAUCAUCCAACUAUCCCAUUCAUAUAUGCCAUCAUAUAAAUUAGCCAUAAAAUAAAACAUA